GUGAUCCUUGUAAGUGUGGGCUUGUGAAAAAUAUAAUUCGGCAAAUUAACGUUUUUUAUAACAUAUAACAAUUAAUAUCCUUAAAGAGCGCCUUUGUGGGAUCUCUUUGCUCGUUUUUCUUCAUGAGCUGGCUGUCCAUAUCGGCGCAAUUGGCCAUCAACUCCGGUGAAUUGCAGUUCGAGAGCAAGCCAGUAAGCGUAGAAGGUUGUGACUACGAAUUCGAGCGUCCCCUGGUGACUCCUGCUAAUGCCACCAUUUCGAUGGCAGAAUCUGAAUCGCUCGGUUUUGCCCAGCAGCUGUACCACGUCUCCUUCAUGCUCUAUUGCGCCAUGGGUGCCAUUGUGAGCGUGACCACCGCCCAUUUAGCUGGCUUUAUUUUCGGCCGAAAUAAGGCCGAAGAUGUGGAUAUUGAUUUGCUCUCGCCCUGCAUUCGCGGUUUCCAGAAAGCAAGCUAUUUCAGCGUCAAACUGGACGAGAACACAUUGAAAAGAUUCAAUGAGAAAUCGUAGAAAGUAACACCAUGCCAUGUACUUGUCAAUAAAAUAUAUUCUUAAGCAGCA